GCCGUCGUGUGUGUGGAUGUCUGUGUGAGUGUGUGAUAGCUUGGGUUUGUUGUCUUGCUCCGUCGUGAGAUGCCAUUCCUCACUCAGGACGCCGAGCGAUUCGAUGGGCUGUCUCUCCUCUACUGGACGAUCAUGGGCCCGCACGGCAUCAACCGAGCCGUACAGAGGCUGGAGUUCAGCGACUGCAAGAAAGGACUGGGUGUGAAGAUAAUCGGAGGAUACCGGGAGCUGACAGGGGAAGAGUUCGGCAUCUACAUCAAACGGGUGAUAGCUGGGGGCCUGGCAGCGAUGGAUGGUCGGCUUAAGGCGGGCGACCUGAUUCUGGAUGUCAAUAACAUCAGUCUGAUCGGAGUGACCAAUGAGAGGGCGGUGGAGAUCCUGCGGACCGCCUCGCUCUCCAACCACAUGUCGCUGCUGAUCGCCAGAGAUGAUGAAGCCAGGAGGGAGUUUGCUGAACUGAUGGAAAAGUACGGCUCCAAUAACGUCACAGCUUCAGGACAGAUCUCCCCCACUCAGCUCUCCACAGGAAAGUUCACAGACACGGCCUCCUCCUCGUCCUCCUCUCGAUCAGAGAGUCCUCAGCUCCUCAGUCCCAAAGAGGGCGUCACCGCCUACGCCCACACUGCACCUUACAACGCCAACCCCGCCUACACUGUGCACACGCCCCCACAUGCCUUCAGCGACAGCAUCAUUCAGUUAAUAUGCGUUGCCAAGGGAACAGGCCUGGGGCUCGUCAUCAAGGGCGGAGCCAACCGAGCGGAGGGACCAAUGGUGUUCAUUCAGGAAAUAGCGCCUGGAGGAGACUGUCACAAGGACGGCAGGCUGCAGGUGGGAGAUCAGCUGGUGUCCAUCAACAAAGAGUCGCUGAUCGGAGUGACAUAUGAGGAAGCCAGGAGCAUCCUGACACGCACCAAACUCAGACCGGACCCAACGGUAGAAAUUGCCUUCAUCAGGCGGAGGUCAUCCUCCAGCUCCAGCAGCGGGCCUCACAGCCCGAUCUCCCUCCCGGGACCUGGGGGAGGAGGGGUCGGACCCCAGACGAGAGCCCCAGUACUGGGGGCCACUUCUCCACAGCCUGCCGUGAUCACCAAGAUCACAUCGAGCAGAAACCCAGCCAGCGAGACUCUACCGACCGUCAACGUGAGCCAGGUUCGAGUGCCUGCAGCCAGACAGGAGCUGACAUGCAUCUCUUCGCCACCAGAGGGCGACAGAAUCACAGAAACACAACCCGAACCUUCCAGCAGUCAGCCUCCUCAGACCAAAUGCUCCAUCAGCACCAGCUGUCGCCUCAAACUGGACAGACUGGAGCAGGCUCUGGAUCUGCUCGGUCUGAAGCCCACAGAGGUUCAGCAGAAAACGUUCAGGUCCAGACUAAGACCUGAUGCAGAAGGGACGGUGGCCUUCACGGAUUUUGAGGUCCUGAUCAGGGAGCUGUUUAAGCCUCAGCUGGAGGAACUGGGCGUCACCCAGCCGGGCUCGAACUUCACGUCUGAUGAUCUCUACAGUCUGUUGGAGUCGAACACAAACACACAGCCGUCACUGUCGGACUCAGACGACCUGGAGGAGAUGGAGAGGCUGAGGAAGGAGCACAUCGAAGCUCUGAGGGAGAUCAAGAGGCUGCAGGAGCAGCUGGUGGAGUCUCAGAGAGUUCACCAUCAGACGGAGGAGGAGCUAAACAAGGUCAAACAGGAGGUGAAAGCAGGAGCAGAGGAGAGCCGGGCCCUAAGGAGUCGCAUUCAGCUGGCUGAGGCUGCACAAAAGCAGGCGAGGGGGAUGGAGAUGGACUACGAGGAGGUGAUCCACCUGCUGGAGGCCGAGAUUGCAGAGCUGAAGACUCAGAGGGCGGAGCAACCGACAUCAGCCAAUAAGGAGGAGACAGAGGAGCUGAAGAAGAGGGUGGCUGUCCUCGAGUGUCAACUACGGAAGAGCGAGGCGACCAAAAAGGGCUUUGAGAUGUCAACAGGGAAACUGCUGAGCUUCGUGGAGAACGUUCAAGAGUUCCUGCUGGAAAGUCACGGACCGAUGAAGAGCCACAGCUCUGGAGACGUCAAAGUCGGAGCGUCGCCUCAAGGCCUCCCCCCUCGCUACAAGAAGAGUCCGUGGACCGCAGCCACGCUCGCCCAGGAGGCGAAGGAGCUCACGCGGACUGUCAGAGCCAUCCUGGAGGUCGACUUGCUGACCUUCUAGAGGGACGACGGCGCAAAGCCAGGACGCUCUGAGACGUCAGCAGGAAGUGACCGAACACCGUCAACCCGAACUCUCUCUCCUAUGGCAUCUCCUCAUCUCCUCAGAACCUGCUAGCUACGGACUCUUGUCUGAACUCUGCAUGAAACUCUCUCUAGUUUCUGUCAACCAGCGCAAUAACCACUGCUUAGUUUCCAGUAGUUGAUAUGCAGUAAACAGCCGUUUGAUUUACAGUGUUUUAACCUGAAGAUGUUCACACAGAGGAAGUCAAUGCACGAGAUUUACAGACGGUUUAAAGCAGUUUAUUUUUAUGAAGGUAACCGUUUGUCUGUGCAGGUUAAAACACUGGAAAGAAACCAUCAGGACUACAUCAAUGUCUAAGUUUUGUCCUUGCUCACUUUAUGGUUAUGUGGUAAGAAGCAAUGAAACCAAUGCUGCUUAAUCUUCAGGACAAAAGGAUUCAAGCCAUGGCAACAGAUCUAAGCUCUGACUCAAUGAUAAACCAAAAUGGAGGACGAUAGUGAAGCAACAGCUAUGCAUACUUUAGAAACAGGCAUCCUUACUCUAAACCUGCCUUUUUAAUCGACUUUGCAAAGUAUUUCCUAUGUGCAACUAAACUGCACAUGUGGCUGGCUAGCUCAGGACAUGAGCAGACUGUAACAGAAAGCAAACAGAUAACAUUUUCAGUUUUAGACUGAUUAGUCUCACUGUUUCAGUCUAAGGAUGCCAAGAAAGAGAGUGAAGUAAUUCAGCAGUUAAAACAUUUUAAAUAGCACACUCUAAGCCUCUUAUCUUCAUAGCUUUCAGUCAUGUGACUGCACAGAGGGCAGGAAAACACUUAGGACUGAUGCAGCUACCGUUGACCACUAUACUGAGCUGCAGCAGGGACAUUUAAAACUUCUUGAACCCAGACGUCCCCCAGUUGGGCGACUUUGAGAGGCUAACACAGUAUGAAAAUAAUGCACUAAUCACGGAAGAAUAUAGUGACGUUGCAAAUCAAAUUAAACAGCAGAGCCUUGGCACAACUCAAAUAACAACUAAAUGAAUUACAACA